AUGUCCAUGUCGACUAACCACACCACUACAGACUGGAGUUCACUACGGAUGUCGCCAUCUCCAGCCACUGACGAACAUCACACUGGAUUGUCCAUGUCGACUAACCACACCAGACCGCUAUCACGGCCAUCACCGGAUUGUCAUUGUGCCCCGGAGAGUACAGACUACGACCUUUGUUGUACCAGUCAUUGUGCCCCGGAGAGUACAGACUACGACCUUUGUUGUACCAGUCAUUGUGCCCCGGAGAGUACAGACUACGACCUUUGUUGUACCAGUCAUUGUGCCCCGGAGAGCACAGACUACGACCUUUGUUGUACCAGUCAUUGUGCCCUGGAGAGCACAGACUACGACCUUUGUUGUACCAGUCAUUGUGCCCUGGAGAGUACAGACUACGACCUUUGUUGUACCAGUCAUUGUGCCCUGGAGAGUACAGACUACGACCUUUGUUGUACCAGUCAUUGUGCCCUGGAGAGCACAGACUACGACCUUUGUUGUACCAGUCAUUGUGCCCUGGAGAGCACAGACUACGACCUUUGUUGUACCAGUCAUUGUGCCCUGGAGAGCACAGACUACGACCUUUGUUGUACCAGUCAUUGUGCCCUGGAGAGUACAGACUACGACCUUUGUUGUACCAGUCAUUGUGCCCUGGAGAGCACAGACUACGACCUUUGUCAUACCAGUCAUUGUGCCCUGGAGAGCACAGACUACGACCUUUGUUGUACCAGUCAUUGUGCCCUGGAGAGUACAGACUACGACCUUUGUUGUACCAGUCAUUGUGCCCUGGCUGGAUGA